GGGGCGCGCUCAUGGAGCACACGCACGCCCACUUUGCCGCCAACAGCUCGCUGCCCUGGUCCUCCUGCGGCUUGGGCUUGGUGCCUGUGGUCUACUACAGCCUCUUGCUGUGCCUGGGGUUACCAGCAAAUAUCUUGACAGUCAUCAUCCUCUCUCAGCUGGUGGCCAGAAGGCAGAAGUCCUCCUACAACUAUCUCCUGGCACUUGCUGCAGCUGACAUCUUGGUCCUCUUUUUCAUCGUGUUUGUGGAUUUCCUGUUGGAAGAUUUCAUUCUGAAAAUGCAUAUGCCUCCGAUCCCUGACAAGAUCAUAGAAGUGCUAGAGUUCUCAUCCAUCCACACCUCCAUUUGGAUUACGGUCCCAUUAACCAUUGACAGGUAUAUUGCUGUCUGCCACCCACUCAAAUACCACACUGUGUCCUACCCAGCCCGGACGCGGAAAGUCAUCAUCAGUGUUUACAUCAUCUGCUUCCUGACCAGCAUCCCCUACUACUGGUGGCCCAACAUCUGGACUGAAGACUACAUCAGCACCUCCAUCCAUCACGUUCUUGUCUGGGUCCACUGCUUCACCGUAUACCUGGUACCCUGCUCCAUCUUUUUCAUCUUGAACUCCAUCAUUGUGUACAAGCUCAGGAGGAAGAGUAAUUUUCGCCUGCGUGGCUACUCCACAGGGAAAACCACCGCCAUCUUGUUCACCAUCACCUCCAUCUUCGCCACCCUCUGGGCCCCCAGAAUCAUCAUCAUUCUCUACCACAUCUACGGGGCACCCAUCCAGAACCGCUGGCUGAUACACAUCAUGUCAGACAUCGCCAACAUGCUGGCCCUUCUGAACACAGCCAUUAACUUCUUCCUCUACUGCUUCAUCAGCAAGCGGUUCCGCACCAUGGCAGCUGCUACGCUCAAGGCCUUCUUCAAGUGCCAGAAGCAGCCAGUGCAGUUCUAUACCAACCAUAACUUUUCCAUAACAAGUAGUCCCUGGAUCUCGCCAGCAAACUCACACUGUAUCAAGAUGCUGGUAUACCAGUAUGACAAAAAUGGAAAACCUAUAAAAGUGUCACCAUGACCUCAUAGAUGUGGCACUUGUGCCUUUGAAUAAUCCAUUUCCAGAUGGGAGGGUAUCCCACCCCGUGGCUGAAAGGCUGUCCUUAAGAGUGCUAACCUGACUACAUCUCCACAGACUGAGCCACUCUCAGACUGGUAGAAGAGCAAAGAAAGAAGAAAGGAAAGCAUGAAUUUUGUCUUUCUUUGUGCACUUAUAUUCACAAAAUCCCACUGACAGCCAAAGUUCCUACCAGUUUGAAGAUGCCAUCAGAGGUUGUAAGUGGCAUCAUCUUGUGACCAGUAAGAACCACAGUAGAGAAGUAGUUAGUGCUGGAACCAUCCACAGCCACUGGGAACCAACCACUCAUUUAUGUGGUACACAAAACCACCAUAGUGUGUAGCUGAGCCACACUCUUCUUCUAAGAGCUGAGGUCAUCCAUCCCUUCCCUGUUACAUUUCCAACAGUUAACAGGGCUGAUAGAUUUGGGAUUUUUCCAAGGUGCCCUUUGUCUUAAAGACGACUAUGGUCUUCAAGUGGCCCCCUAGCUGCACAGUGACAGCCUAGGGUAAGGAAGUGUGGAAGGCCAUCCAAACUGUGGCCAGAGCUUCUAUGGGAAGACUCCAAGCCAACAUAACUAUGACCCUUAGACCUGAGGUCUAAGAUGUAGUUUUCUAUUCACUGUAAUGUAUUAAUUUUAUCUUUCUCCUCUGAAACAAAAACCCUUCCUGGUAUAGGGAAGGGAAAGGAGGAAUUCUUGAGCCCAGAAAAACAAAAAAAACAAGCCCACUCUUGCCAUUGUUUCAGUCCAUCCCCAUGUGGCUAUAUGUGAGCCCUGCAUCAAAGUUGCUUCUUACUAUGGAACCACACAGCUUCCUAAGGAAGCCUUUCAUGUGUGAGGUUGCCAACUCCACCUCCCUACUUGCUUGCUGAAGCCCUCACUAAAAUUGUUUUGUUUGUAACCUUCAAGAGUCAGGAACUGCAGCUGUCCCGGUAUGUAAGAGGUUUUCUAGCUCCUAUCAAAGCUCAGCUGUCAUUGCCAUUAGACCCCAAAUAUGGCCAUGAUUGACAUGGAGAGGUGACAGCGCUGACUUUUGACACAUGUGGCUCAACAUGGUGGUGCCAGCCAGGUACCCGUGAACCUGUUUAAUCCAGUCUCUUUGCAGAAUGAAAAACUAUAAAUUUUUCUUUCUUUCUUUCUUUCUUUCUUUCUUUCUUUCUUUCUUUCUUUCUUUCUUUCUUUCUUUUCCUUCUUUCUUUCUUCCUUCCUUCAUUCCUUCUUUCCUUCCUCCCUCCCUCCCUACCUCUCUCCCUCUCUCUCUCUCUUUUUCUUUCUUUCCCUCCCAUUCCCUGUUCAAGACAAGAACAGCUCUAUGAUGCAAUUAAUAGGGGAUUCCCUUGGAUUUACCCUUGUAAGUAUAGACAUUGUAUAUCUAUUUAUACAUUGAGCAUAUGAGAAUUCCUCUAGGUCCUGAUAUGUUUUGAAAGGGAAACAUCCUAGAGUUCCUCUAAUUUUACAUCUUAUUUUUAACACUUUUCCAGCUUCCCAGUAUUUGAACUUAUCCAUGUUGUGGAAAAAUUACCUUCUAAAAUGAUUCUAUAACUGCAUGAUAUUUCUAAUAACCAAACAAAAGGCAGUCCACCUGAAACAAUUGUUUCCUUAGGCUCGAUUUCCACUGUAUUUUGUGUCUAAACUGGAACACAUACCUCUAUCCUUUAUAAGGGAGUUUGCAAUAAGUUAAUGGGGUAGAAAAGGUUCCAGGGCAGCACAUGCCCUAAGCUUCAGCCAAGGCCCUUCAGUACUAACUCAGUGUGAUUUGGAGCCAUAUUAUUCCUAAUAAGUCUAGUUCCACUUUUUAAAUGCUUGCAGUACAGUCUUUCCAGAUCCCAGGGUUGGAUUUAAAGUCAGCACAGAAGAGAACAGCCAAAGUGAGGCACACUUGUUGAACACAGUCCUCAGAAAAGAAGACUUUUCCAAACCUAAGAUGCCUGUGUUGCCACCAGCCUUGGAACACAUUGCUAGUUAGUCCUUUGCCUAAAGAUGCAGAGCUGGCUUGUGCUUAGGGACUGUGUUGUGUAAUUCUGAUAUAUCUGAGACCAUUAGGACUGCCCUGGUAUGGCAAAACACUCCUACUGAAAGUGCAGAAGUUACUCAAGUGAAAGAUGAGCAGAUUGCUAGCUUCUGUCUCACUCACACCCCAGAGCCUAUGCCCAUUGAGUGGAACAUGAGCAGAUUCCCCCACAUCCCUUGAAUUGCAUUUCUCUCCUUUUUGCCAAGCAUGUAUUGUUGAAUGUGUGUUCGUUAACUGUAUAUGAUACAAUUCCAUCCACCCCUUAUGAAUGAACAUUGACCAAAGGCUACCUAUACUGAAUAUAUAUAUACAUAUAUUUAUUUAUUUAUUUUAAAACAUAGCUCUGAAAAAUGCUAGUUUGAGCUAUACAUCAAUGAAUCAAAGUGCAAUAUUGGUAAAUGACAAGGAAGUCCUUCUGGAGAUCAUAUGCAAGAUGGAAAAUAAUAAAUAAAUCUUGAUGUUCUCUUCUCUGUAUUUUAAAUUAUAUGUAAAAAUUAAUUGUUAUUUAAUACCUAUGGGUGUGCACUGGGAAUGUUCUCAGACACUCAUUUAUUCUUCUCUUAACAGUGGUGGCUCUACCAAGUAAUGUGAUUUCUUUUCCUUCUGAGUAUGUUUUCUCUUUUGCUUAGUAAUUGUUUAAGAGGUCCAGUUCUUGAAAGCACUUCAGUGAGUUGAUGAUAUUUUCUGUUUAAAAUGCCCUUGGGUUCGGCUGAUCACAUAGUACCUAAAGUUUAUUUCAGAUUGCCUAAGGACUUUUAAGUUAUUGUUAUUUAUAAUAAUCAUUGUGGACACUAAUAAAAGAGCUUUUUAACUUUACAAAAUUGUAAGCCUGUUUCUUUCAGGCCAGUUUUGGAAAUAAAGCCUUGAAUCUUGAAGCCUGUCAGAUAAACAGCUGCUGCUAUGGGCACUGAGCAAUUGCCUUAGCCUAGGUGUUGUGGUGCCUACUUCCAAGACUGUUAGCUAGCAUUUUGCUUGCUGAAGAUGUGUGUCCUUGGUUGGACAUUGCCCAGAUGCUCACACCUACAUGCUCUGGCUUUCUUCUUGAGCAACUGGAAGACUGGGAUGUUUCAUGGAAAGGAAAUGAGGGGGAUGACAGACAUAUCACAAGAGACAGACCAUGGGAAGGGAUGAACUUGCAUUUCGCAGGCACCUGGCAAUUGGAAAAGAUUACUUUGCACAGUUUGUACCUGCUAGUCUAACAUGGGAGCCCUUUGGAAGUGAAUAAAAGACUGUAGUGUUGGCCAUCCCCACUCAAAGAAUGGAACAAAAAAAGGUUAUCACUGAAAAAUAAAAAUAUUCAUAUUUUCUUAAUUAGAUAAUAUAUUGUGUUUGGACUGGUUUGUACUCCAAUAAAUUCUAAUACGGUACAUACUUGGUGUUUGGUAUGUAUGUUCCAGCAAUUGUAGAAUGCUGAUUUUUUAUCAUUUUUAAUGGAUGGGUCAUAAUUGUAUACAUGUAUGGGGUGCAAUGUGAUGUUUUGAUGUAUGUAUUCAAUGUGAAAUGAUUAAAUCCAGCUAAUAUAUUUA